AUUUCCCUUCCUCUUUCUCACUCAAAAAUCCUUCAAAUCCGCUGCACUCAUCUUCGUUCGUUCAGAUUCAGAUCCGUUCUCUGAUUUCACCUUCAUUCAACCUUCUCCUCGGAUUCUUUCAACCUUCAACUUCAAUCUUCAAAAUCCAGGCAGAGGCACAUGGUGCUAAGACAUGUAUUGGAAGUUGCCUUUCCUUAUUGUUUAUCAUGAUGUGGGAAGAUCUAAUUCGUAAGGCCAAACAUGGUGGUCUUGAUGUUAUUGACACUUAUGUCUUCUGGGAUGUUCAUGAACCAUCUCCUCACAAUUACAAUUUUGAAGGAAGAUAUGAUCUAGUAAGGUUUAUUAAGACAGUGCAAAAAGUGGGGCUUUACGCCAAUCUUCGCAUUGGACCUUAUGUUUGUGCUGAGUGGAAUUUUGGGGGAAUUCCUGUUUGGUUGAAGUUUGUUCCUGGCAUAAGCUUCAGAACAGAUAAUGGGCCUUUCAAGGAAGCUAUGCAAGGUUUUACUCAGAAGAUUGUUCAAAUGAUGAAGAAUGAAAAGUUGUUUCAAUCUCAGGGUGGUCCAAUCAUUUUUUCUCAGAUUGAGAACGAAUACGGACCAGAGAGUAGGGCAACGGGAGCUGCUGGUCAUGCAUACAUAAACUGGGCUGCUAAUAUGGCUGUUGGAUUGAAAACAGGAGUCCCUUGUAUUAUCUAG